AAAGCAUGAAAUCGCCGUUCGGCAGGGCACCCUGGCCACCCACUCAGUCCUGUUCAAAAAGGUUCAUCACCAUCAAUUGUGCUUCACCUCUUUAGAUCGAACAACCACUUCACCAAAGGCCCUCCGAAGUACAGAUCACGCUGCAAAUACAGAACCUCCCAUGUCUCCCCAAUCAGUCCUCGUAGUUGGAGCCUCUCGUGGUCUUGGUCUGGCCCUUGUCAAGCAUUACUCCUCAGUCAUAAACCCCUGCAACGUCUUCGCUACUGUCCGUGGAUCCGCCCCUUCUGACACUUUUCCCAAGGGCGUGAGGGUCAUUGAAAGUGUAGAUUGCUCCAAAGAGGAUUGUGGCCAGAAGGUGGUGGAUGGGCUGCAAGGGGCCAGCGUCGAUCUUGUUGCCUAUGUUGCUGGUGUCCUGAAACCAGAGUCGAUCGAGAAUCUUAGCUGGAAAGACGAAAUCUUGAUGUAUUCUGUCUGCUCCAUUGCACCUGUGUUUGUCGUCAAAUCACUCCUUUUUGCCUCUUCUCUAUCGCCCAGCGCCAAGAUCCUCUUUUUAACUUCUGAGGCCGGAUCUGUAACUCUACGAACGGAGUCAGAGGGAGGUGGAGCAUUUGGUCACCAUGGCAGUAAGGCUGCUGCCAACAUGGUGGGACAUCUCUUGAGCUACGACCUCAAGGAGAGAGGCAUCCCUAUUGCUAUGAUCCAUCCCGGUUUCUUGAAGACGGAUAUGACCAAGAACGCUGGCAUGGAAGAGUUCUACGACAAGAUGGGAGCCAUCACCCCUGAGGAAGCUGCCAAGCCUUUGGCUGAUUUUGUUGACAAACUCGAUUUGAGUAUGAGUGGAAAGUUUUGGGCUCCACUUGGUGCGAAAGGCAUUGGAAAUGCCGAAGAGGUCCUUGGGAAGGAGGUGCUUGACAAGCCUGGACCUUUGGAGAUUCCUUGGUGAACGGCAGAUCCGACGUCGGGCUUAUAAGAAGUUGUUCACAGUUGUAUACAUGUAAACAUAUAUGUGAAUAUGGGACGAUCUCCGACGUUUUCUACAAGAUAUACAUGACCAAAAGUCCCUUGUACA